GAAGCUGAAGGAAAGUUUUUAGAAUUGCAAAAACAAGUCGGGGAAGAAUUAAUUAAACUAGCCCAAAAUGCCCAAGGAUUUAGGAGGAAUGAACAAAACGAACUGGAAUUAUUUGAACCUGAUGAAACUCCUCAACCUGAUUUAGGGAGAUUGAGAGAAUUAAGAAAUGAUUUAAAAAAACAAAAAAAGAGCAGCCAAACUACCUUUGCUUAUGGCAUUCCUACUCCUCCCUAUACUCCACCUUUAAAACCAAAGCAGGAACUAAACAUUUUAGAUGAAUUUGCCCAAGACCAACUCCCCGCCCAUGAAAUAGCCCAAUUACAAAAAACUAUCCAGGAAUUACAACAAAAAAAUCAAACUCUAAUAAAGACUAUUCAAGGGUUAAAAAAUCCCACCCAAUUUCCGAAAGAAAACCAAGAAACACCUUCCACCUUCACCUGCUCCACGUGCACCCGUAUACUUAAUAUUGAAUUAAUUAGACUAGCCAAAAAAUCAGGAAAGAAAAUUUGCCGUAAUUGCACUCUUCUUAUGCUGAAAAGAGCUAACCAACUCUCCGGGAAGCAUAUUGUUUUAAAGAUUAAGAAAAAGCCCGAGCAACCAACCCAAUCAAAUUUCACUU